AUGCCACCACAAGAUGUGCUUACAGAGAACGCCCAGUCAGAGAACGUCCAGCCACAGGAUGCGCGUCCAACUUUCAUACCUAAGAAUUGCUUACGUCUCAACAAUCCUCACAUGCUCCAGCUUCAAAGGGACAUUUUCAGCCUGGAAGAUAAGACCGAGCGCGUUUUGAAACCAUUCGAUCCAUCCCACCAUUUCGACACCAUCAAAAGCUCGCUCGGGCAGAACAGCAAGAGCGAACGGAUAAAAGAUGACGGCAUCUUUACACAGUGGCUUGCGCCCACUCAUGCCCAACUACGAAUUCAGAUAUGCGGUGGAUCUAAGAUCGACAGAACUUCAGCAGCUUCUUUCGCUGUUGAACACCUUCAAGGUCUCCAGUCGUCAAACUCUUCCAAGAAGACUCAGGUCCUUACUGCCAGCGCAGUGCUAAACGGCUGGAUAUAUCAGCUUGUCCAACAAAGACCUGAUUUGACUAAAGAGUUUUGUGAAUGGCUUCUUCAAGAUCCCAUUUAUGUACCUUCCUACCUCGACAAGGCCAGAAUGAUGUGGGCCUUUUUACGACGGGCUGCAAAGCUGAGCAACGCGGGAAUAACAUACUGUUUGCUGGAUGGCUUGGACGAAUGUGGCGCAGAGAGUAGAGCUCUCGUCCUUGAACUACUCGAUCUUACGCUCCCGUACGAAGGCUGCCCGGAGACGCAGCCUACUCUGAAGUUCCUCGUCACCACCCGCAUCCCUCUAGACGUCGCAAAAUACGGGAAUGUCGACUUGGAUGCGCGCAUUGGGAGCGGGUCUAUGUCUUCCACUAUGGGCUCGCUUACAGCCGAAGAGCAUCUUAGCAGCCUGAGUCAGAAGUAUAGCCGCAUGGGUUUUAUAGUGUUGCAGGUGCUCGCUGCCUACCUUUGCCCGCCGACCACCGGGCAGCUUCUGUCCAUGUUCCCCGAGAGCCAGCGAACCCACGUUCUUGAAUUCCUCGACUCUCGUCCAACCGAACUGCUAAUUAGUUCCGAGCACAUAGGGUUCGCAGAUUCCGAUGCGUGGCUCGCGCUCUCAGAGUCAAGUCUUGCGGAGGCCAACAAUACCAAGCUUGCUCGACAAUGCCUAGAGUUGAUUGGCGCUGGCCUUGCUCAGAUCGAUAUGGCAGAUCUGGAAAACGACGAGUCUAUUUGGGUCUCGCAAGUCCCUACCGACUUGAAGUAUGCAGUAAAUCACUGGGCUGAACAUAUCAAACUGCUGAAGGACAUCCCGCAAGACUUGGUGGCAUUGAUCGAGGCGACCUUUUGCCCUGAACCAAUAGUCCUGGAGAAGUGGUGGAUCAUGUUCAUGACCUGGAAUUACGGCAUCUCCCCGUAUCAUGAUGUUCGUAAACAUCAUACAACACUCCUCCACGUAUGCGCCCUCUUUGGUCUCGACAAGCUCAUCGAGGCCCCCUCCUCGUAUUGGUUGCUGGUAGAGGACAUGUCAUCACUAGACGCCCAGAUGCUAGCACCGGUCGAUGUCGCGAUCUUGCAUAACCAUAUUCAGACGGCCAAAUUUCUCGCUACAACCUUCGAGUUCUCUGGAAGUUUCUCAUGUAUCCUCGCGGCUGGUUCCAGUGUGGAAAUAGCAGAUCCGAUCCAUUCGAGACAUGGCCCCACUGAUAUACAUCUAACGAAAGAACAAAUCGAGGCGGUAUUGUGGAACGCAGUCUGCACCGGUAAACCAGAAAUGCUCGACGGCGCCAUCAAAUUCGUGUUCGUAAAAUCGUCCGGCGACCUUUUCCCAUGGAACAAAACGUCAUACGCUGAAGCCAUCAUAGAUUCCGGUGAAUACCAGCUGCUGAAACACAUCCUGACAACGGUCAAUAUGCAGGAGAAGGCUGGCCACCUCAUCGAAUACGCAACAUGGCAUCACGAACCGCGCAUGCUCCAGGAGAUACUAGACUACGAGGUCGUGCGCGAAAUGAUCAGACACAAUCAGAUAAAUCUUCGCAACGCUCUGAGCAACGCACUCUUCCGCAGAAGCCCCCGGAUGACAGAACUGUUACUCAGCGAAAAGACUAUGAACUUCCCAGCCCUUGUCAACAAUCCAAGACCGCUGGAAUGGGCAGUCAAGCACCCCAAUGUUCACACCCUCAUGGUCUUCCUAGCACAACCGGACUUUCGUUUCGACAAGGGCGCCAUCGAAGAAGGCGUCGCGCUGAACCUGAUGUUGCACAACGCGGGCAAAGUAAGCGGCGUCGGUCUCGAUAGUCUUGGCAAGGUUCUUAAGCGGGGUGCACGAAUGCGAUACGAAGACUUCGGCAUGACCGCUCUCCACGUCGCCGCCGAGAUCGGUCGCAUGUCAGUCAUGGAGACCCUCCUCGAAAAUCUUACCGAAGACGAGAUCAAAGAGGAUAUUGACCGCAGAUGCAGCCGCGUCCACAGAGGUCAAGGCCGGGAAGGUAUGACUGCAUUGGCUAUCGCUGCUUUGAAGUGCAGCUUGGAGAUAGUGCAGUGCCUGUUGGAUAAAGGAGCGGAUAUCGACGUAGAAGAUAGGGCAGGGAAGACUGCUGUGCAGCUGGCGCGAGAAGCUGAUCGGGGAGAUAUUGCGGAUAUGAUAUUGGAUAGUUGA